AUGCUGGGAGUUGUAGUGCCGUUCCUAAAGGCUGGCGGUGGCCGUGAGGUCAUCUGUGGUCGCCGGGAGCCGCCAGCACGUGGCGGGGAAACUGGCUCAGGGAAAACAACACAGAUCCCUCAGUACCUCUAUGAAGGAGGUAUCAGCCGCCAGGGCGUCAUUGCUGUGACCCAGCCCCGUCGGGUGGCUGCCAUCUCGCUAGCUACCAGAGUCUCAGAUGAGAAGAGAACUGAACUUGGGAAGCUGGUUGGCUAUACGGUGCGCUUUGACGAUGUCACCUCAGAAGACACCAGGAUCAAGUUCCUGACUGAUGGCAUGCUUCUGCGUGAAGCCAUUUCAGACUCACUGCUCCGGAAGUACAGCUGUGUCAUUCUGGAUGAAGCCCACGAGCGAACUAUCCACACGGACGUGCUGUUUGGGGUGGUGAAAACUGCACAGAGGCGGCGGAAGGGACUAGGGAAACUGCCUCUCAAAGUGAUUGUGAUGUCAGCCACGAUGGAUGUGGACCUCUUCUCUCAGUACUUCAACGGAGCCCCUGUCCUCUACCUGGAAGGGCGGCAGCACCCAAUCCAGGUUUUCUAUACCAAACAGCCUCAGAAUGACUACCUCCAUGCAGCAUUGGUUUCCGUCUUCCAGAUCCACCAGGUAUGGGCUGGGGCUCAGAUUUCUGGGAAGUUCUGUGUUAGCCUGCAGUUUACAUUGACAGGCUAUCGCAAAGUGAUCAUUUCAACCAACAUCGCUGAAACCUCCAUAACCAUUACAGGAAUAAAAUAUGUAGUUGACACGGGCAUGGUUAAAGCAAAGAAGUAUAACCCUGUGAGCACCUGUACAUGUCUCCUUGUGUGCAUGGGGAGAAUUUCUCUGGGGCCAAGCCCUGGUAGUGGGCUGCUGGGUCUUGGUGUAGCUGGGUCUGAGCUUUGCGGGCUAGCCAUGUGGCUCGCCAGUGUUGCUAACACUGUUUAUACCCCCCAGAGUAAGGAUUGGUGCAAAGAGAAUUUUGUCAACAGCAAGAAUAUGAUGCUAGUAGCUGAAGUCAGAGCACAGCUGAGGGAUAUCUGCCUAAAGAUGUCAAUGCCUGUCAUGUCAUCCCGAGGAGACACGGAGAGCAUCCGCCGCUGCCUGGCACACAGCCUCUUCAUGAGCACCGCGGAACUUCAGCCGGAUGGCACCUAUGCCACCACGGACACCCACCAGCCGGUGGCCAUCCACCCAUCGUCUGUCCUCUUCCACUGCAAGCCAGCCUGCGUCGUGUACACCGAGCUGCUCUACACCAACAAGUGCUACAUGCGAGACCUCUGCGUCGUGGACGCCGAGUGGCUGUACGAGGCUGCCCCCGAGUACUUCCGGAGGAAGCUGAGAACUGCCAGGAGCUGA